UGGAAACGUAAAUUAAACGAUAAGAUCAACAAAGAAUUAAUUGAAAAAUUUGAGGAAACAAGUGACAUCAAUGACGAAAUCACAGAAGCAGACGUCGACUGGUUAACAUUGGCACCAAGGAAUAAUAAAAUUCCUAAACUUGAAGAUGCCUACACGAAAAGUGAACGAUUAAAACAUGAAGGCACCAUCUUAGCUGAAAAUGAAAGGUACUGGGAAGCAUUAAAAAAAUUCAAUGAGGCUGCCACUCUCACACCUAAUAAUGAAGUUAUUUAUGAUCUCAUUUCUCAGUCGUACAUGCAAUUGAAUGAACUGAUGCCAGCUGUGAAUGCAGCUGAAAAAACUGUCAAACUGAACCCAUCAUGGUGGGUUGGCCAUCAAACACUUGGAAGAACAUUGCUGAAUAUUGGAGAAGUUAAGAUGGCACUUAGUAGUUUCAAAAGAGCAUUGCACUUGAAUCCAACUGAUGAGGAGUUGUGGGAGGUUGAUCUGAAGUGGACAUUGGAGUUAAUUGAGAAAAAAAAUUCAACUGAAACCAAGCUGUCUGCUGAAAAUUCAAACUACUCAAAGAUGGUCAUAACUGAGUUCAAAGAUUUGUCCGAUCUGGAUCAAAAUCAUUCAACUUCAGAGAAAUCGCUUCAAAUUUUUAAACCAAAAUCAACUGAUCUCAAUGCUGAUUCAGUUAACAACGACAAUAUGACAGAACUGCCUGAUUCUUACGUUCUUAUGAGAUGACUAAAAUUCGUUUUAUUUUCAAUUUAUCAAAAUAAAAGUUUAAAACAAUUCAUUAUCUGUAAUUGACACUUCAAUCAAGCCAUUUUAACGCCGCAUUACAUAUCAAAAAUUUCAUUCUACGCUACAUGUAAAAAAUAUUUUAAACAUUUAAUUAAUAAAAAUAUAAUUUUUUUAAAAUUCACUACUAUCAAAAUGAGUUGAUGACUUCUCAAUUUAAGUAGAUAUUUUUUGGUUAGCGGGAAGCAAUUUAGUAUUUCAAAUUCCUGGCGACGGAAACGCUUCUAAAUGAAGUUGCAGGACCGACACUUCCCAGUCUCAACGGCACUGUCGUCUGCUGUCGAAUCACCGAAACGUUGUUCUCAGCUGCGCGGUCAGCUCUCCUCUCCGCCUCUUCAAGCUGUGCUUGCACCUUGCGAUACUUGCCCAUCG